AUGCCGCCAAAGGCUCCUGAGCUUUUCUGCGAAAGCUCCACGGGUUUCGAAAGUGACAUUUGGUCUGCUGGAAUUGUUCUUUGUUUGCUGCUGUCGGGAUCUUCUCCCUUUGAAGGCAGCAGCAUUUUGAGCACCCUGAGCCCCCGCCGCCCCGCUGCGCGCAGCAGCAGCAGCAGCAGCAGCAGCGAGGGCCUCCGCAGAAGCCCCAGCGGGGGGGCCCCCUUCGGGGGCCCCCAGCAGCAAAGCGAGCCCCAGGGGCAGCAAGCCGACUCCGUCAACCGCAAGCGGAGGCCCCCCCAGUUUCAGGAGGCGAGCAGCAGCAGCGUGCCCCCUGCCGCUGCUGCUGCUGCUGCUGCUGCUGCUGCUGGGGGGGACGGGGAGGCCGCGGGGGGGCCCCCGGGGGGGCCCCCCGGGGCCGAGGCGGUGCGGGCGAGGCUGCAGGAGGCCCUGGGGGGCCCCCAGUGGGCCUCCGUUGCUGCAGCAGCAAAAGAUCUCAUUCAAGAAAUGCUGAAUGUUGACGCGCGGCUGCGCCCCUCAGCAGCAAAGAUCUUGCAGAGUGCGUGGCUGCAGUCCGACUGA